ACACAGUACAUGUCAGUGGUACGUAGGGCGCACGUACUGGGAACUGGCGCGCGUGGAAAGCGGCCAACUCGGCUAUUUGCGGCUCCCGGAAAACAAACAGCGGCACGAUGCACACGGGCUGGCUGGCGUGGGAGUGCGUGGUGUUCGCGCUGUUCGUGUGCGCGUCGUCGUGCGCGCCGCUGUGGCCGCGCCGCCGCGACGCCGCCGCCGGCGCGGACGCCAAGCGCGCCUACAUCUUCGCGGGGGGCGGCGUCUCCACGCUCGCCAUGAUCCUCUCCGUGGCGCGCGGCACGCUCGGAGUGCGCUCCUUCCUGGGGUUCCCGUCCGAGCUGGUGUACUUCGGCUCGGCGAUGUGGGAGACGCUGUACGGCAUGGUGCUGGCCUUCCCGCUCGUGUGCUGGCUCUUCAUCCCCGUCUACUACCGCCUCAACACCAACUCCGUCUACGAGUACCUGCAGAUGCGGUUCGGGUCGCGCUGGGUGCGACGCACGGCGGCCGCCACGUUCCUGCUGCGGCAGACGCUCAACCUGGCCGUCACCGUGUACACGCCCACCGUGGCGCUGCACGCCGUGCUCGAGCUGCCGCACUGGGCCUCCGCCGCCGCGCUCACCGUCGUGGCCAUCGUGUUCAACUUGCUCGGGGGACUCGCCGCCGCCAUCAGAGCGGACGUGAUCCAGACGCUGACGAUGGUGCUAGUGAGCACCGCCUUCAUCGUCCAGGCGACGGUGACGGCGGGCGGGCCGGCGCGCGUGCUCAGCGACAACGUGGACGGCGGCCGACUGGGCUUCUUCAAGUUCACGGGCGACCCGACGGUGCGCGUGGACACGCUGUCGGCGCUGGUGGGGCAGCUGUUCAUGUCGGUGUCGGUGUACGGCUGCCAGCAGACGUUUGUGCAGCGCUACUGCUCCAUGUCGAGCGAGGCGCGCGUGCGCCGGACGCUACUCGCCAACGUGCCCGCCGUCUCCGUGCUGUUCAGUCUGUCGUGGGUGGUGGGCAUGGCCAUCUACGCGGUGUACAAGCACUGCGACCCCCUGAAGUCGGGCAGGAUCGUCGCCCCGGACGAGGUGCUGCCGUUCUACGUGCAGGAUCAGUUCGCGUUUUUGCCCGGGAUGCUCGGCCUGUUUUUGGGCAGUCUUUUUAAUGGAGCGUUGAGUUUCCUGGUGUCGAACGUGAACUCGCUGUCGACGGUGACGUGGGAGGACUUCGUGUCGGCCGCGCCCGCCUUCCGCGGCAUCAGCGACAAGCAGCAGCUCACCAUCAUCAAGAUCAUCGGAGUUAUAUACGCGGUGUGCAUCAUGGCGCUGUCGCUGGCGGUGGGGCUGGUGGGCGGCGUGGUGGAGGGCUCCUUGCUGGUGACGUCGGCGACGUCGGGCGCGAUGCUGGGCGUGUUCCUGUUGGCCACGCUGGCGCCGGUGGCCAACGGGCGCGGCGCGCUGUGCGGCAUGCUGGCGUCGCACGUCCUCACGGCGUGGAUGGCGGCGGGCAGGCUGCUGUACGUCAACGACAGGGUCGCCAUGCUGCCGCUAUCCGUCGAGCAGUGCAGCAACGGCACGCUGGGCUCGGCGCUGCCGCUCGCCGUCAACCGCACGCUGGCGCAGCUCGCGCCCGCGCUGCGCGACCUGCGCCGCGCGCACGUCGCGCGCCCGCAAGACCACUCCGCCGUGUUCCAGGCGCUGCUGCGCAUGUACUCCGUGUCGUACAUGUGGUACGCCGUGAUCGGCACGCUCACGUGCGUGGUCGUGGGCGUGGUCGUGGGCGCGCUCACCGCCCACGACGACGAUGCCUUCGACGAGCGCCUCCUGCACCCGCUCGCCGCGCGGCUGGCGCGUCGCCUGCCCGGCAAGGCGCGGACCUUCACGUGCCGAGAGGACAAGACGCCGGAGGAGAAGGAGGCCUCGGAGAGCACGGAGGAGACCGCCGUCGAGGAGUCUGGCGCCAAGCAGCCCACCUACACUCCGCACGGCAGCCGGCUGUUCGACGCGUACGACCCCCCCUCCGCCUCCCCCUCCGCAUCCCCCUCCGCCGUCCGCACGCGGCUCUGACGCCGCACAGCGCUCCUGCUGCUCGGUUUUAUGAUAAACCCAGGAAUACGCGACAGAGAGAAGAUACGAUCAUCCGUUUUGUUUGACGUGUUUAUGACAUUCUGUCGAAGCGAACUGAAGGUGGUCCUAAAAACUUUUCAGUGUUCGAAUGUAAGAUUAAAUUGAUUAAUGUGGUGGUGACAACAUGAUGCUGUUAUGUGAAUCGUGAACCACCCUACGCGACGUGAGCCCACGCCACGUGAGCCCACGCCCUGCAAUGCGUGCUUUUAUUUAUUCGAUCUGUUUGUCGUAUUAUAAUCUCCUUUCAAAAUUUGAUCUUGGAGGAAUUGUGAUCUGAAUAAAAGAUUUAGCUGUUAUGCUUAUGAUUAGGUACUAGUGAGUAGGUAUGGAGACGUAUAACUGCAUGUGCAUGAACGCUUCAAAUCGAGACAAAAUGAGCUCAAAUGUUGAAUUUUUGGCCAUUAACUGUUCAAUAAUGCUGACGAUUUUGUAGAUCUUUUAUUUAUGGUUUAGCAUUAGUUGCGAGUUCCCACGACGCCACGCGGAUCACGUGGCGAGACUCAAAUACAAUUCUAGAUUUUUGUGUACACAGAAACUGUCCAAAACUCGUCACGUUCGUUCGAACGAGCUUGCGUCACGCCACGUGGCGUGAGUGGCGUUGUGACGUUGCAGCGCGUCGACAACGUGCUUCUGAAGUCACAUAGUCUGUGGAUGUGUUACAAAUUAAAUGUUGUGAUAGAAAUUACUGUAGGCUUUUAAGGACUCCAUCCAAUCCGAAUUUAGUUGCUUUAAUUAAGUAGGUACCUACUUGCGCGCUCAAAAUAUUGCUUGUGUAGAUCAGGAAUGGUUAUUGUGGAAGUACCUACCCAGGUACGUUCUCGACAAAGGCCUGCUACCUAAUAAUAUAAUAUUACACUAUUGGAAACCCAAGGAGAAUAAAUACUGUUGUCUUUGAGAUGAUAAUAAAUUAACACAGAUUUAGUUUGGUUGAAACUAUAAACUCGAUGAGCAUUUAAUUAUUUAUUUAUUAUCAAUAAUUACAUAAUAUUAAAAGCAAUACUUAGAUAAAUAAAAGUCCUUAUGGGACAUUUAGUUAUAGUUUUUUUAGGGCUCCGUAACUCAAAAGGAAAAACGGAACCCUUAUAGAAUUUAUUCUGUUAACUUUGUUGUCUGUCUGUCUGUCCGUCCGUUGUGUCUGUCAAGAAAACCUA